GCUCACCUGAGUGGGCCAUUCUUUUGAAACACACACACAUUCACAAUAACAAUUAUUAGAAAUUCAUUUUGAAAUUGGGUAAAGGACAACACUUUAAGCAGAAACAGAAAGGAACAAAGUGAUUUAGGGGAAACCUGCUUCUCGUCUUUUAAAUCUCGAUUUUAUCAAUCUUUCACAUUUGUGCCGUUGCUGCGCCUAUACUGGUCCUUUAUAUUGUAAUUGGAAUUUGUAUUUGCUCGCUGUGUAUAUGCAUAAAAACCAUGGAUACGCAUUUUCCGAAAUUCCUUCGAGAGAUUCAUCAUUGUGUCUUACAACUAGCAGUUUUUCUUCUACUCACAAGGAUUUCAUCCAUAGAGGGACAAUGCGGAGAAGAUACUGACGGGCCUGUCGUAACGUGCGUAGAUAGUAUCACGUUACCCGAUGCCGUGCCAAACACUUUCUUUGGUGUAAGCGAGGCUGCGGGCCACUUCACGGCCAUAGAUGCAAAUCCACCAGUUAUUGAUACCGACUAUAAUCCUCCUGUCGGAUCACCUUCAGGAGGAGGUACCAUCUUUACAAGUGGUUCUACUGGACUUACCGUGACCUUUGAAGAUGCUUGUGGAAACCCUGCCACAUGUGAUAUUAACAUCAUCAAUCCACUCACUGAGAUACCUGUCAGUAACUGCCCAGAUUUCAGUGGAACAGAAAACACCGACCCAGGUUCAGCUACGUUUGCGUUUACACCCCCUCCUUACGGUCCGACUGAUGUCAUAACUGCUGGCGUGACCUAUUUUUAUCAUGGGCCCGGCAGCCCUGCCUUGCCUACUGUUCAGUUUUCGACCAUGCCAGCGAUGCCAGGUCCACCAUUCUCACUUCCGGUCGGAGCAAACACCAUCAUCACGACCAUCAGUGACACAGAUCUUUCCUUCUCUUGUCAGUCUACCGUAACUGUUCUAGACGAUCAGGAUCCUGUAGUCACAUGCCCGGCUGACUUCACCACCGAUUCAACAACUGUAACAUUCACAGCGACUGUGACAGACAAUGUCGACCCUUCACCAACAUUAACCUAUGACCCACUAGGACCAGGAGACACCUUUCCUCUGGGUCCAACGACGGUUAUUGUGACUGCCACAGACAGUUCAUCAAACAUAGACACAUGUUCAUUUACUGUUACCGUCGAAGACAAUCAGGAUCCUGUAGUCACAUGCCCGGCUGACUUCACCACCGAUUCAACAACUGUAACAUUCAGUUCAGUUACUGUGACAGACAAUGUCGACCCUUCACCAACAUUAACCUAUGACCCACUAGGACCAGGAGACACCUUUCCUCUGGGUCCAACGACAGUUACUGUGACUGCCACAGACAGUUCAUCAAACCAAGGCACAUGUUCAUUUACUGUUACAGUUGUAGAACCAACCACUACAACUACGACUACGGCCGCCACAACGACUACGGCCGCCACAACGACUACUACUCAAGAAAGCAGUGGUUCCGGUAGUUCCAGUUCCAGUUCCAGUUCCAGUGAGAACAGUUCUAGUUCCAGUGAGAACAGUUCUGAUAAUGCCGAUUCGAAUAAAACAAACGAUUCUUCAAACGAGUCUGAUUAGCGUUAUAAAAGUAUUCCCAUACGCCGCAGGUGCGGAUCCAGGAUUUUCCAAAAGGGGGGGGGCACAUUUUUCAACCACAAAUUAAGGAUAUUUCGUACCCGAAAAAAAAUUGACAAGCAAAAAAAAGGGUCUUCAAUUUCAAGAGGGGGCAAACCUCUGUUUUAAUGGCAUUUUUACAUUACAAAUUUUAAUUUUAUUUCUCAAGGGGGGGGGGCACGUGCCCCCUGUGCCCCCCCCCCCCCGGAUCCGCCAGUGAUACGCCGCAUAUUAGACUGGGCUCUGUCAUUUUAAAAGCAAAGUUCUUCCACACGAACAAGUCGAUUUGAAUGAAAAGAACAAAAUGAAUCGAAACUAUCGCUGAGAAAGUAUCAGAUUCUGAUGUGAAAUAAGAAAGUUAUAGCAUUCGCUUAUUUUAUUUAUUCGCUUAUUUUCGGGAAACGGGUGGAAUUAAAAUAAGGAAACCAAUGACGUAAUACACUCGCUAACUGAUUUGUAUUAUUUCAAAUAGGAAUUGCUUCAAUUUAUUGCAUAUCAGUGACAAUUUCAAGCAUGGAUGACUCGGUCCUGGAUAUGUAGAUUCGUCAUAAUUGUUAUCGAAUCUAAAAAAGAAACCAAACUAUUUUAUGUUUUUAUUCAGCACAUUGCAAGGGAAAUAAUGAAUGUGUGAUACCACAUUGAUUCAUUUGCAUAAUAAUGAUACAUCAUUGUUAUGCAUAACAGUUUUGUAAAAUUUAGUGAAUCUUUGAGAUAUUGUUACUUCCUUAUUUUAAAUCAGAUAAUAUAAUGAAAUCAAUUUAAUACACUUGUUUGAGAUUUCUCUUCUCAUUCAAGUCAACUUGUAUUGAAUUGAAAUUUAUCAUCUCCUUACGGGGAAUAUCCCUUUCACUUGUACAUUACAAAUACAAACGUUUGCAAGGAAAUGAAGUUUACAAAUGAGAUGACAAAUAUAAAUAGACAUGUCAGCUGAGAUCAACUAAAUUUGUAACAGUAAUUUAAACUUUUUGUUAGGGUGGACUUAUUUCGACCCCAAAUUAUGUCUGUGGAAUUUAAUGUCAUUCGCAAGAAUUUUGUACAUUUUGUUAUGUUCGUGAUGUUUUUUAUGAUUACUGUAUAUGAAAAAGUCGAUGUAAGGUUUACCACGGGAAGCCGGUACUGCGGUAGAGCGAAUAAGUCAUGAAAAAAAAUAAUAAAGUGAUUAACAUGUAUUUUUGUAAUAUUUUUUCUUUGUAUUAAAGGAUAAAAAUCUGAAAUAAAAAGUAAAUCAUAUUAUAUUCCAA